AUGGGCGCCUAUCUCUAUGGGCGCCUAUCUCUAGGGGCGCCUAUCUCUAGGGGCGCCUAUCUCUAUGGGCGCCUAUCUCUAUGGGCGCCUAUCUCUAGGGGCGCCUAUCUCUAUGGGCGCCUAUCUCUAGCGGCGCCUAUCUCUAGGGGCGCCUAUCUCUAUGGCGCCUAUCUCUAUGGGCGCCUAUCUCUAGGGGCGCCUAUCUCUAUGGGCGCCUAUCUCUAUGGGCGCCUAUCUCUAUGGGCGCCUAUCUCUAUGGGGGCGCCUAUCUCUAUGGGCGCCUAUCUCUAUGGGCGCCUAUCUCUAGGGGCGCCUAUCUCUAGGGCGCCUAUCUCUAUGGGCGCCUAUCUCUAUGGGCGCCUAUCUCUAUGGGCGCCUAUCUCUAGGGGCGCCUAUCUCUAUGGGCGCCUAUCUCUAUGGGCGCCUAUCUCUAGGGGCGCCUAUCUCUAUGGGCGCCUAUCUCUAGGGGCGCCUAUCUCUAGGGGCGCCUAUCUCUAUGGGCGCCUAUCUCUAUGGGCGCCUAUCUCUAGGGGCGCCUAUCUCUAG